CUCCGUUUUCCUCAUAGCGAUAGCGGAAUAGGCGUGCGUUUCUGUUUCUGUUACUCCAACAAAGAUUACGUUGAGUGAAAACGUCGCCAAGAAAGCUCGACUUUAAGAGUGACGGAGAGCGAGUUAUUUAGCCGACUGUUUCUACCUGAAGACAUGGAGCACCAUUUCCUGAUGAGACUGUGGUGAGACCGGUGCAGCCCUGUCACGCCCACAGCGCCCCCUUUCGGCCCGGACGGCCCACCACGGCCCGGCGCCUGUGAAAGGGUACCAUGUCAGUCGUAGCAUGUCCCAGCAUUCCUCCGGUGGUGGUGGAGGAGGCUCCUGCCACUGCACGCCCGAGGCCAGUGACGGCCCAGCCAGAGAAUACUACCAGGGUCAGAGCGAUGGCCACUAUUACACUCCAGGAGGUCCGGCUGAGGCCCUGGCACUGGAGAGACACCAUUCCCACUCCCACUCCCAUAGCCACUCGGUAGGGGGAACAUUCCCCCGCUCCCACCCCAACCAGCACCCACCUCUCCAGUCGUUUGACUCUUGCGAAGAGUGCCUGUCCUCAGGCCACGGUGGGAAGAUGCACCGCAUUCCCCCGAACCUGAUAGACCAGUUUGAGAAGCAGGUGCCCUUUCAUCCUGAUGGCUUCCACACACUGCAGUACCAGCGCGCCGCUAGUGGGGGUGCUGAGCCGCGCAGCGAGAGCCCAUCGCGGAUCCGCCACCUGGUCAACUCUGUGCAGCGCCUUUUUGCCAAGUCCCAUUCCCUGGAGGCACCGGCCAAACGGGAGUACAAUGGCACGAGAGGAGCCGGGGACUACCGUGGCGAGAGAGGAGGAGGCCACAGGAGUGGAGGGGAGGAUGGCGGAGGCCACUAUUCAGGUCACCAGCCUCGCUCUACCAGGAGGACCAAGUCUCGAGAGCGAAGCAAGAGCGGAGACUCGCGGCACGAGUCGGGCAGACGCCACCGCAGCAGGACGGCAGGCUGGUGGAGCUCUGACGACAACCUGGACAGCGACAGCAGCUUCCUGGUCAGUGGGGGCAGACGGGGGUAUCCCAGCGGACACGAGAGCCUGGAUGCAGCCAUCCAGGAGCUCACCAUGAAGAGGCCCAAGGAGCGUAGUAGUGGUGGUGGUGGUGGUGGACGUGGGGGGCCAGGACCUGGGGAGUGCAUUGCCUGCACCACAUUGGCUUUGACUGGGAAUGAAGGUGGGGGACACCACGGGCCCCACGGCCACUCCCUGAAAAGGAGCACCUGGUCAGCCAUGACAGUGAGUCAGGCCAGAGAGGUGUACCCUUCCACCAGGGGAGGAGGCUACGAGAAAGCCCUUGUGCCCCUGGAGAAUAAGUUGAAGGAAAGGACCUUCCACUACCUGCAGGUUCCUUCAGAAGACUGGGGAGGUGGCUAUGGCGGUGGGGGUGCAACAGACAUCGGAGGGGAGAUUCCAUGCCGUCGCAUGCGGAGCGGCAGCUACAUCAAGGCCAUGGGUGACGAUGACAGCGCUGACUCAGACACCAGCCCCAAAGCCUCGCCUAAGUCCACCCUGAUCGCCCAGAGGGAAGCCUUUAGACGAUCUAUCAGCAUGGAUCAAAGGUACUCGUGUAAGCAGUGUACAGACUCCUACCCCAACAGCCGAACUACACCCAAAACCCAAUCUCGCUCUCGUAGUUACACCCGCUCUCUGACCAGCUCACAGCUGGGAGACUCCUUAAACCGUCAGUUUGAGGCGGUGUGUGAGACCAUGUUCGGCGAAGUGGAGUCUCAAGCCGUUGAGGCUUUGGACCUUCCAGGUGUUUUCCGCACUCGCAGCCACAGCUACGUCCGCGCCAUCCAGGCCGGCUGUUCCCAGGACGACGACUGCCUCUCUGUCUUCUCCAUGUCGGGCCCCCAGGGAAGCAUCAAGGCCGGGGCCGUCUUUCCUUAUCGUAAAGGUGCUCCUCCCCCACUUCCACCUCGUAUGUCCAAGUCUUCGCUCUCGGUGCGAGCCCAGAGCAGCACCGAGUCCACCCAGGACGCCUACUUCCAGAGCAGCGGGCAGUUGAGCUCAAGCGCAGGCCCCGGACGGUCCAAGCAGCACAGCAACUCCGUGGACCUGGGCAGCUCUGACGGUCCCUCGGGUCGCUCCUCCAGAGGGGGCUACUACACCACCACGGGCCCUGGACGUUCCCAGCAGCACAGUAACUCGGCAGAGAGCCUUGACGGGGUCAGGGGUUCGCGGGAGCUGGUGCCCUACGGAGUGGGUCCGGGAUUUGGAGUGAGGCCAAAACACAGCAGCUCAGCUGACAGUCUGCUGGAAGGGCCACCAAGGCCGGCCAGGGAGAGGGACGGCAGGGUUGGGGGCAGCCUGGGGAAGUCAGUCUCUCUGCCUCAGAACAGCAUGGUGCUGUGUAAAGCUGGGGGGCAGGACGAGGGCCGCGGUGGGAGAAAGUGGAGGCCAUCCAUAGCAGUCCAGGUGGACAGCUCAGAAACUCUGUCAGAUUCAGACGCAGAGGGCAAAGCUCUUACAGAGGUCCACUCUGUAGGAGUCCAAGUGGAAGAUGACAAAAGGCGGGCCCGUUUCAAGCGCUCCAACAGCGUGACCGCAAGCGUGCAGGCCGACCUGGACCCCGAGGGCUUCCCCGGGCUCAGCAUCGCCGUGCCAACGCAGGACAAGAGUCUCCAGUUCGGCUGUUCCUUCCAAAGGCACUCGUCAGAGCCGGAGUCAGCUAGCCAGUUCGCAGAUUGCCACCGCACCGUCCACACACAGGGACAAUGGGCCUACAGAGAGGACUUUCUCCAGAGUGGCUAUACCACUGAGGCCUGCCCGGCAGACCCACGGCCCCACCAGCACCCACACCUGCCUCCACGCUCCCACUCCCCUCUGCCCAUCACCUCUGAGAGAGCUUGGGCGGGGACGCCGUCCCUGGAGGGCCCACGUAGCCUGCCCGACUCGGGCCGAGCCUCGCCCUGCAUGAGAGAUGGAGAGUUCUUCUUACGCCUCCUGCAGACAGAGGUGGAGAGGAUGGAGGGCUGGUGCCAGAACAUGGAGAGAGAGGCAGAGGAGAACGAACUGCCGGAGGAGAUUCUCGAGCUGAUACGAAACGCAGUUGGCAGUGCCCAGAUGCUCAUGUCUCAGAAAGUCCAGCAGUUCUUCCGCCUCUGCCAACAAAGUGUGGACCCAUCAGCAUACCCCCAGCCCACCUCUCAGGACCUGGCAGGCUUCUGGGACCUGCUCCAGCUCAACAUAGAGGAUGUCAGGGUGAAGUUUCAGGACCUCCAGAGGCUCAAGGACUCUGGUUGGAGGCUCCCACCUGAAAAGAAGGAGGAUAAGAAGCUUCCUCCUCCCUUACCAAAGAAGCCAGCAGGAGGGGUGAGUGGCAGCCUCAGGGCCGAUAGUGUCGGGGAUGGGGGCGCUGGAGGUGGGUCGGGGGGCCUGGUGGUGCCUCGCAUUGGUGGACAUACCCUACCCAUCAGGGAGAAGUCCCUGGACCUCGGGGACCGUCAGAGGACAGAAACGAGGAGGAGGCUGCUGCAGACCAAGCGUACCGCCUCCUUCAGGCAGAACUCAGCUACAGAGAGCGCAGACAGCAUCGAGAUCUACAUCCCAGAAGCCCAGACUCGCCUCUGAACACAAGCCUGAGGUGUGUCCCACCCACCUCCUCACUCAACCUCAGCCCUGCGAAGCUGACCUGCACACACCAUUCUCAGUGUUUCUCUGAGCCCAGUUUUAGAUCUUCUGUAGGUCAUCGCUGUUUCUCCACUACCCUCCCUCCAGCGUCUCCAUCACUUCACUUACAGCAAAUUCACUUUUUCUUGACAGCAACGACAGCCAUUUUAGUGUCUUGAAAUAUGGACAUCUUACUGACACAGAGGCCUAGAUCUGAAAUGGUAGCUAGCAGAUAUGAGUUAUAGACUUUUUUUUAAGUACUCAGAAUUUCUUUUUGGCUGACAAACAAGAGAACAGUCCACUUUUCUAACAGUAGUCAGCUGAGGUUCACGCAGUAGUAGCAUGCCUGUGCGUGUUUACCCAGCACUUCUUCAUCACUGAAAAUAAAGGGCUUAACGGGCAUAAAACCUCUGUAGAUACAAGGAGAUGACAGCAUAUCACUAUGGUUCCCCUGUUGCCAUCUCCUGAAUGCCAUUUGCAACAGAAUCAACUACGAUACAGCCGCACUCUUCACUGAUGCUACCCAUACAAUGAAUAAACAUUGAUUUAUUUCUCACCAUCAGUUUAAAUGCCCUUAAUGUCAGAUGGUUGGCAAUCCCCAAAGAACAUUCUCCAAGCAUAGUCAGUCAGCUCAAAGCUGGCACUUUCACUUUUCACCCAGGUGCCAUCUGUCCACCCAGGCACCCAGUCAAAGAACAUGAGAACCUUUUUUUUCGGUCUCUUUCCCUUAUUCCUCACGUCCCGAGUAUCCAUCGACUACUCUCAGCAUCCAACAGUGAGGCUGUCUGAAUGUGCUAGUGCUAUUUGUGCAUAGCACAUGCACACUCGUGUUUGCACAAAACAGAGCCGUUUUGCUUUUUAUGUAGUCUCACUGAAGUGUUAAGAGUUGGAGUUGCUGUGAAUUUUUAAGGAAAAUAUAUAUUUUGGUGGCAUUUUCAGGACUUUACUGAAAAGGCCCCCAUUUCACUGUGAGACUUUACCACCACCAAGUGGUCAAAUUAGGACCCAAACCAACAACAGUGGUCUGUGGAGAGUUCUUUCCACCUCAGUCAGGAAUCAACAGACACCCUGAUGAAACAGCCACGAAAGGAGAUCAGUUUCUUUAUUCCAGUUAUUUCCCUUCUCUUCUCUAGCUAUAUUUAGAGUGGACUAUCCCAAUGAUUUGUUUGCAUACGUGCGAAGUAGUGAAAAGGGGGGAGAACUGCCAAAGUCUUCAGCCAAAUCCACUCGCCUAACUUGAAGUAGAAUCCUCUUAGUUUCACGCAGCGCUGAUGAAAGGAGGCCACGAUUUCUCUGAAUCGAAAUGAAACGAAAGGUUAACGUAGCUCCCUCAACAGCCCAUCCAAAGAGUCACCGAAGAGAGGAAACCAGCUGUUAUGAAAUGAUGGAAAAGCAGCAACAUGAUAGUGUUUGCUUGUUACGCUUAGAUUAGGUAAGGAAUUAUGCUGUAUGUGUUGGGUUCCCUUCCUCUUUAUUUAUUUCUUGAAAUCAUACUAUCUGGUGUUUCCACGGAACAAAGUAGCAUGAUUUUAAAAGCUUCGAAGGGGUCUUGAUUAUUUAUUUAUUUAUUUAUUUAUUCAUGUUCGAACAGAUGUUUCUAAUUCAAGUUUGUAUGGACGGUGCCCAUAAGCUUGUACGUGUGUGUGAAUGUGGAGGGCUGUGUGAGAUGAAGCCCGUUGAAAAGUCCAAAUCAGCAAUUUUAAAGACAUAAUAACACAAAAUAUGAGAAUCUCCAAGCAUGACCCGAUUUUUCUUUUCUAACCUUUGGAUGGAAUGUGUUGGCAAAAUGUGAUAUUUUGAUGGGAGAUGUAUAUUUUAUAAUGUAAUCUACAUUUCUAGAUUAGUAGAGACUAUUAAGUACAGUAUAUGUACGAAAACAGCAUAUAUCAAAUGUGAACUACUACAGUAUUAUUAUGAUAGAUUAUAGCAUUGUGUGAAACUACAGCUGUGUGGCAUAUCCAGACUCAGUACAUGUGAAAAAGAGUUUCAAAUGAUUAUAAUCUUCAGUUCUUUGUGAGUGCUGGGUCAGGUUCACAGGGUAUAACUGGCAAGGGUGUUAAUUGCCAAGUAAGAUCCUCCUUUGGCCUACUGUGUAUCUGUCUGUGGUUCUAACUACAUAUACUGCUGUAUCCCCUCCCUGUAUUCCCCCUUUAGAACCAACUACAUGUGCCUAACCAGCUAUAUGUGGAGGUUUCCUUCUAACACAGUUUACAGUACAUAUAUAUAUUAUAUAGAGAGAGAGAAAGAUAUGUAAAUAGAAAAGUAUAAAUAUCUGCAAAGAAUAUUGUUAAAGCAAAUGUUUUUAUUGUGAUAACAAGCCACCCUUUGUCUCCCUCACUUUCACUUGCAAUACACACAUAAGACUGGCAGAUUUUGUUGAUGUUAAUACUGCAUGUUUUAUGUCAACCUCCUUUGGGGGAAAAAAAAAAGAAGAAAAAAAGCAGAAUCUCAUUUUUGACUGAUAAAAGCAAAGCAAAUUUUGUAGCUUAUAAACCUUUUUUGUGAUUGAAAACAAAUGACAGGAUUUUACAAUGCCUCUAUUUCAACGAGUCAUGCCUUUGAACAAAGAUGACAUCCUUGGAGGACAAUGACACUGGCAACCUUGAAACAGCAAUCGAUAAUUUGAUUUGAAUCUUAACAGAUCAAUUUUAACAACCUCCAUGUAAAACAAGCUGCCCUGGCGAUGAAAGGAAAGGGCUGAGAAUUUAGACUUUAUAUUUAAUUCAUUUGCAGCAGUGUGGCUUGCAGAGCAGCCUUUUUACCCCCUCACCCUUCUCCUUGGGUCCCCUCAGUUUCUACAACAUCUCAGUUUGACACAGCCCUCAUCAAACAAAGCACAAAUACUUGCUUUUAUACUGUUACUCCACUGUGAAGGCCUCUUGACUCCACCCUCACAAUCCUCAAACCUACACGCAGAGGGAUGGCAAGGUCUUUCCAUUACAAGUCAGCCUUGAAGGACACAAGAAAUCAAAGAGGCUUUGUUGGAUAUUCAUCCACCGUAGCAACUAUCACUACUUCAAUUGUUGCUGACUUUCUCCAUUGGAUCAAAAGUUGAGAUGUUAGCCAGCCACCUUGCCUUGAAACAGGUCCAUUGCAUCCACAUGUUCUCUGGUUUAAUGUCCAUACUUUUUGUUCAGUAUUUCAUCCAUCUGUCCUAUGUAUCUUGACAGUAUAAAUACAAGAGCCUCAGCUAGAAAUAGCACCUGGGUGUAUACUUGUGCAAACAUGAUCUGAGCACUCACCAACACACCAGAAAGACUACUACAUGAACCCUUUUCACCUCUUUCUAGAAGGGCAAAAACACCACGCUAAAAGCCAGACGGACAAGUCAACUCAGAGUACCUCAGUUUCUAACAGCUGUGUCUCCAACCUCGACCCAGGCCUCUGUUCUCAGGGGAUUCUCUAACACCACAUAACGGACGGACCCUGAGAAUACAGGACCAGAUCAGUCCCGCAGGAAUAUUGUCCAUAUUCUUUGAAUGAAAGGGGAAAUCAUUUGAGCUGUCUCUUCUAGCCAUUUUCUGAGAUUGGAGAGCAGAAUCACAGGAAGUGAAAGCGGUGGUGGUCGAGGCAAGAGCUCGAUUGUGGCCAAUGCGUGAGGGCUGUAUGCUGUGCAUCUGCAAAAUAAAAUGUGGAGCAGGAGGGAAGCUGUAGCAGCAGAUUUGAGUUUUAGUUAUGCAGGAAUUUCUGACAGGCAGAGCUGCUCUGGAGGAGAAAGCGAAGUCACUGGUUGAGUUCAACUUCAGUGGGAGAAGUCAACUACCUACUUUUGUUUUGUCUGGCUAAGUAACCAGAGCUAUUAGCUGGCACUUACUGUUCGAUAACCCCCUGCAAGAAUUAAAACAGAUCCGCUGUC